AUGGCUGCCGAAAGACCGCCACCUCAAGUGGACCAGCCGUUGCUCACCGCCCCUGUCAUUCAUUCUCAGCCCCGCGACGAUAGCUAUCCCAAAUGCAAACAAUGUGAACGGUUGGGCGAGAAGUGUCGGAGGGGAAAGGGCAAGCUCAAGUUCCGGGUCGGGUCGAGCGCAAAGUACGACGCUGCCUUUGCCAAAGAUCAAACAUGGCUGGAGCAGACCAAAAACGCGAAAUUUCAAUUCGUCGAUCAAGGACCCGAACUAGAGAACUAUUAUUCCCAGGAUGAUACCGUGAUAAGUACGGCCAAAUCGAACAGUGACGAGCAAAGACGGGAAGAUGCGCCCGGUCUUCCGAAGCGGAUAGAGCCUUCAGUUGAGACUGAGCUCUUUCCGACGACUCGCAUCCUACCACCGACCGAAGCUUCUACUUUUCUCUCACCCGUCGACAUCGCCCACGAGGCUGUGCUGGUGCACUCUCCCAUCAAACGGAGGAGGACGGCAGACGAGACCAGCACAGGCUUCCGGUCUAAUUCGGAGCGGGCAUCUCAUGCCGCGUACGACGCCAUCCGUUCGCAGUAUCGAAUCUACGAUUUUCCCAAGGUCUUUAACUCGGUCAGUCCGGACGGCUUCACCUAUAUGCCGGGGCAAAAGCACGUCCCCAAAGUAGUCGAGGCGGAGUACCGUCGACUGGCAGAUUCGGCGGCCGCGGCCAUUCCGGCGGAAUCGCUACUCUCGCCCACCAUAUGGAAAGAGGAAUUCUACUGGCCGAACCAGUUUACCACCAUACAAUGUGCUUGUUUGAUGCGGUAUUACAUCGAAAAUCUGGCGCCCUGGUUUGACGUAGGAGACCCUGCCAGACAUUUUACAUUGGCCGUGCCCCAACAUGCAAGGCGAUGUCCUCCAUUGCUCAACGCCAUCUUUACUCUUGCCGCCCGACACCUUGCGUCGCUCCCACAUUUCAAGACGGCCGAUGGAGUGAUUGAGUAUCAAAGCAUCCGACUUCCCAAGUUGACCGAAGAGACUGCUGUGAAAUACCAUCAGGCGUGUAUCGCGUACCUCAUCAAAUUGGCCACCGAUCCCGAGCAUGUGCGGGACGAGAACUUGUUGGCGGCUGCAGUCAUCCUGCGCUAUUAUGAAGAGAUCGACCCAUCCUUGACGGGGGAAGAUAUCAAGACACUGAUCCACACCUUCCAGCUGUUUGUCAACGCUCAAGCCAAUCCGUACGCAUAUUCCAUGGACGACGGGAAGCAUACCGAGUACCUGAGACCAGGGUCGGCCGUGGGGACGUUCGACAACUGCCUCGCAUACUUGAAAAGCUUCCAACAUGCAUCGUUUCGGGUGGCGCUGCGUCAAGAGAUCACGAUCGCUUUCUUGAAACAACGGGCCGUCCGCCUCCCACUGGAGACGUGGAGCGUGCUGCAGGGGUUUGACGAAGCCGAGGACUUUGUUUGGUCAGAUCGGCACCUCUACCACUGUGCAAAGGUCUUGCAGUUUUGCUUCGGCGGUGAUAACAAUAGUGGUAAGACGCAAAUUGAACGAUGGAGCGAGCUUCGAGAUUUCGAGACGCACUGGGAUCAAUCCAAACCCUUGUCGUUCAUGCCGAUCCAUUAUCAGGAGCCGGACCGCGCCAAGGGAGAAUGUCUACCUCACAUAUGGUACAUGGCCGAGGUCCACGUCACGGGGCUGUUGUCGCUGGACCUGGCUCGGAUCUUGUUGACAGUAUACAAUCCCAACAUUCCCAGGAUCGGACCUGGAGUCACGGCCGCGCAGAGGCGCAUUGCGGACGAGGUGCAUGACGUCGUGAUACGACUGUGCGGGACGGCCGUGUCACUCGGAGGCACGGCGGCAGCGACCCCUUCUUCCCAACCGGCCAUGGUGCAAGCGUACGUGGCCAUCGUGGUCUGCGGAGAGUAUUUUACGGACCCUGUCGAACAGCGAGCUCUUCUGGGGAUUUUGGACAGGUUGAAGAACGAUCACGGCUGGCCCACGGCAAGGGCUGCCCUGCGGUUGAAACAUGAAUGGGGCUGGACUUGA